AUGCGGGGCGAGAGCCAACGCUUGUCGUCGCACCUGAAGGCUGCGUACGCCGAGAUCGAGCGACUGAGAACAGUAUACAGCCAUGCAAUUGAGAGACUAGAAGCCUACGCACUACCGAAUCUAUCGCCACAGUCUGCUGCGCAGUGGUUCGAGAUGUAUCUCCGUGUUGUGGAUUUGGGGGUCCAGACCCGUCGCGGUGAGAUUCGCCACCGAACAACAAAAAUGUUUAAGUACCCGUGCAUGCACAAGACCGGCACCAAAGGAGCCGUCCAUUCAGGUCUGAGUAUUGACGACGGGAAUGGCAUUUUCCAGCGGAUGGAGAGUGGGAAUCUGGUUAAGGAGAGUUGGCUGGAGAAAUGGUUCAGCAAGAUGGAUGUAUUGGAUCGAGACGUCAUUGGAUCGCUAGACAAGAGAGUAACUCGAUGUCUCGAGGACUUUCGUAGACAAAGUAGUGCAUUUUACGAUCGAGUGGAAACAACAGGGAAGGAUCCUCAUGAAGGGAUGGUAGUAUUCGGAGCAUCUGGUGCUGCUGCCUCAAUCCUGGCGAAGGUCACCCGCACAUGUUUUGAUCCGCAAAGUUGUUCAUGCGAGGAAGACGCAGCACCUUGGGAAGAUUUCUGCCUCAAGUCAGACGACCCUCAAGCUCAAAGACUAUCCUCGGUUGUAGAUGUCCCUGUGGCACCAGUGAAUAAUGUGGGUAUUAAUGAUAUGAAGCGCCAAAUGGGCUUCGAAGAGCUCUCACGUGAAGAGAAAAACGAGGAUACCGCAGCACUUGCCAGGGAUGCUGCCGAAUUGGCUCGACGCCGGAUACCUCGAGGACGAAAUAUUGCUGCAGGUGGACAGAGUGCCCCACUGUCAGGUCGAAGUAUCUACCAUAAAAAGUGCGAAGAGAACGGCUCCAAACCAAAGCAACACAUGAAUGCGUUGUUAGUGGUAAAGAAGGGAUCUCAUCAUCUUAACUUGUCUGGCAUAGGCUUUCACUCUGCAGACGAUCUCCAGGUGUUAGUGGACAUUUUCUCCACACAGGGCUUGCCUCCUGUGAAGGAGCUGGAUAUCUCCUAUGGGUUUUUCAAUGCUGCAGCAUUUCAGAUGCUGUGUCAAUUGUUACGAGUGCCGGUGCUUCGCCAAAGCCUCGAGCGACUCAGCCUCCGUGGGAUUUCUCUUCCUGUGCGUGGUGACUUCGCUAGCCUCUUGCGUAUUUUAACUAGCGAGUCCGGCUCUUCCCUACCAGCGCUGGGUAACUUGAAGACGCUGGAUCUCUCGUUCAACACAUUGUGGUUCGAUGGUGCGACUCAACUCCAUCCACUGCUCAGUAGUCUCCCACAUCUCGAAGAGUUAUCGUUGGAGUCCUGCUUCCCUGAACCUGAAUCCUCAAGUGAUCGACAGAUGACACAAGAGAGUGUUCGUGCCGCUCUCGUGGAGGUGAGCAAUCGACUUGAACGACUCAAUUUUGGGUCAAAUUAUGCUGCCAUUGAAUCACGUUGGCUCGAUGCUUUGUUCACGCCGGGAAGCACGAUACAACGGCUAGAGUUGAGUCGAAUAAGCAGCUCUUCAACCGGUAUCAGUGGAUCUGAACCGAUGGACGUAGAUUGGCAUGCGGGUGAGGCUUGGGAUCUCCAGCAAUUAGAAACACUCAAAUGGUCCUCCAGCAGUGGCGUGUAUUCAGACAAGCUGCUUGGUGCUCUGUCUGCUGAGUUGCAAAGUGGCUUCGCACAGUUGAAACAUCUCGACAUUGUGUUCAACAUUGCGCCAGGCCAAACAAUGGACAAGAAGGCCGCCGAUGCAAUCAUACACAUCGCCGACUACGCGGUAUUAAGGUCGUGUCGAAUCUGCUGCUACACUCGCGAUGGUUCCUCUCACGGUAUUAGAUCGUCUAUAGCAAGACUUGUGGAGGAUGGUCUUCAAGAAUGUGAAAAUUUGACAUUGCGAAUGCCACAAUUGCAUCUUGAACCACGCACGAUCUGCGAACUAUUGUCGUGUGCUGUCGUUCCCAAGAUGACAAAGAUGACUCUGGCAGUUGGAAUCGCUUGUGGCGGUCAAGAUCAAACAAACUUCGCGUCAUGUUUUGUCCAAAUGCGAAAAAUUCAAGCACUUACGUUAGAAUUCCACGUUGCGAUCGAAGACCAAAGUAACGCUGUCGGGGCGUUUGUACGAGAACUGGAAGCAUCUUGGCUGGGAUCAAGUCCAUCUAGUGACCAGAGUGCAGUCAAAUUGCGUCGUUCCGUUGUCAUAUCCGAGCAACAGAAGGCAACAAAGAAGAUUUACCGGUGCCGCUUCUCGGCAACAUCGUGAGUUGAUAAGAAAUAUCAAGUAAACUGCAUACCGGCGGCCUCGAGACUGUGCAUCUCACGCAAGAGUGCUUUGGCCUCUUCUUUCUCUGGUCCCUGCAUAUCCAGCAGUCGGUUGCAGAAGAUGGUGGCUUCAGUGAACCGACCCAACUGCUUGUAGUAGUUAGCAAGAGAGAGAAUCGAAGCCAGCGCCUGAGGAGUAUCAACGCGGAUGUUCCCGCCACUGCCACCGGGCAGCACAAGGAUCUCUCUUUGAUCUUCAACUGGCUGUACUCUUUCAUCUUGAUCGUGCAGAACUGAUUCGGGAGCGCUGCGAAGACCGAGAUGCAUGAGGUAAUAUUUGGCAGCUUCGUGUUGCCGCCCACGUGCUGCAUACAGACGACCCAGGUGGUAUGACGCGAUGCCCUCGCGAUCUUGGUUAUUGACUGCACGGUGGAAGCACGCAAGGGCUUCAUCCACCUUGUUAAGCUUCUCGUAACAGCCACCCAGAGCACACCACAUCCGCGCGUCGUAGGGACGGAUGGCCACAGCUUUACGAUAAUAGUAGAUGCUGUACAGGAACAUGUUGAGGAUCUCGUAGGCCUGGCCCAGUCCAUACCAUGCGCGAUAAUCCCGUACGUUGAGAUCGACCGCGUGACGAUAGGCCUCAAUAGCAGCGCUGGUGUUCUUCAUCUCGAUAUACUCGUGUCCAAUUAGUGUCCAAGCGGAUAGGAAAUUCGGGUCCAAUUUCAAUGCACGAUGGAAGUAAACAAUCGCGCGAUCGUGCUUGUUCUUGAUGGAGUAGUAGUUACCAAUGAUACAGCACGUUUCCGGUCGGUAUUUCUCCACUUUAAGAGCUCGAUGAGCUAGUCG